AUGUCAGCUAAGGAUCUGUUGAUUUAAUUAUUUGGAUUGCCCAAAGGAGAAAUAAUAUUCUAAGAUUACUCUUGCGCUUUAAAAGGAUUAAUUUCAAAAUAUGGAAGAAUCUUUAUAGCUGAAAAUCACAUUUGUUUUUAUGCCAAUCUUGCAGGAAGCAAAACGAAUUUGGUGAUUAAAUUGGAUGAUAUUGCUAAGUUGGAUAGUAAAAAUAAGAAUGAUAUUGAUAUAAGUUUGAAGGAUGGCAAAGCUUUCUGCUUCAAUGGUUUUCAUGACAAAGAAUAAGUAUAUAAUCUAAUGAAUGCAUUAAUAUCUGGUUAGCCAUUGUCAAAUUAAUAGACAUUCUAAUCUACUACAGAUAGUGCUAGAGAAGAUGAAUCUUAAAUUGAAAAUGCGGAAGUAGAAAUCCAAUUCCUCUAAUCUGGAGCAUCUAUGGAUUAAGAGAUGUGCAAAUUCACAUUUUCCUUUAGUCAGGACAAAUUUUUUGAAUUCUUUCUUGCAGAUGACGCACUUGUCUAUUCAAUUGCAGAUCAUAGACAAUCAGAAAAGGAUACUGAUAUUUAAUUAACUAAAUGGACACCUGUGGAAGAUAAUCCAUAAAUGUUUUAGAGAGAAAUGAAAAAUGUUAUUAAGUUAACUGGAGUUCCUUUUAAAGAUAAAAGUAGAAUGCAUAAACUUUUUACCUAUAAGAAAGAGGCUGAUAAAUUAAUUUAUACUUGUACUACUCAUACUUUAGAUGUUCCUUAUGGAAAUUGUUUUUAAGCAGAAGAGAAGUGGGAAGUCUCAUAGUUGGAAGAUAAUAAAUGUUUAUUGAAGAUAUUUGCUUCAGUUGUAUUUACAAAAUCCACAAUGAUGAAAGGCACGAUUAUGAGUAAAACAAUGUCUGGGUUAAAGGAUGAUUAUGAAAAAUGGAUAAACAAUGUGAAAAUUAAAUUAGAAGCCAUGGCGAAAUCUUAAAAGUCAUAAACAUCCAACAUCAAUCAUGAAUAUGAAGAUUCUAAAAAGUUAGAUGAUAAUAUUUUAAGCAAAAUAAUGUAAACUAGUCAAACUCAAUAAUCGAAGUAAACUACUUCUCAAACUUAAUUUUAUUAAGGCAGAAAGUCAGAAUUACUUUAUUUAUUAUCCAUAUUUCUUUUAAUAAUAAUAAUGCUGAUUUAGAUUGGAAUAUUAAAUAAAUAAUCUUAAAAGCUUGAAAACUUAGAAUAGUUGGUAUUACAAUUAUAAAAACGAUGA